CCCCCCCAAUCAACCAUGUCCUACACAAAGGAACACGCCGUCAACCCCCUGCGGCCGUACCACCGGCCUCCCACCAUCGAGGAGCGGGCGGAGCCGGUAUCGAUCCCGAGCUCGAAUCCCUUCUCUGGCGGCAACAGCUACGAUGUGGCGAGCGGUGCAAAGUACGCCUCCAAGGCCAAGAACAUGCUCAACGACCUCGACUACAAGGAGCUCAUGUCCGAUUCGCCGUCGGUCGUGGGGAGCGCCCGAGAGCUCGUCGACGAGCUGAUAUGGAAGUACAUGUCCGUCCUGCUCGGGCAGCCUUUCGAGGUUGCAAAGAUGAUCCUGCAGGUCCGGGAUCAGGAUGAAAAGGCGGCCCUCACGGUGGCUGCAGAGCCAGAAACUCCUGCUGCUGCUCCUCAGGUACCAAGCCGAGCUGGUUCGGCAUUCGAAGGAGAGGAUUCCGAAGGCGAUGAGCCGGCAUAUUUCACAACAAACGACCCCGCCAUACCGAAUCCCUGGAAUCCGAACCAGCCUCAGGCCGAGAGGCGACCCAGCAGUCGACGGGCAUCAUCUCCUCUUCAGUCUCCAACGACGCCCAAGAAGGCGCCCGCUGUCCCCGAGCACUUCUUGAAUCUUCGUCGCCCCGAUGCUGUUCUUGACGUCAUCGGGCAGCUAUGGCAGAGAGACGGCGCAUGGGGAGUGUGGAAGGGUGCAAACGCAACCUUUCUAUACACCGUCUUGCAGUCGCUCUUGGAGAACUGGUCAAGAAGCUUCCUGAGUGCUGUCUUCAAUGUGCCCGACCUGGGGGUCAGGGACAACAUCGACCGUCUGGUUGAUAUUGCGUCCCCGUAUCCUUGGGCUUCCCUCCUUGUGGCUGCCGCCGCCGCCGUCACAACUAGCCUCGCGCUGGCACCUCUCGAUCUCGUCCGCACGAGGUUGAUCCUCACCAACCCCUUCAAGGGACAGCGAAGGACCAUUGCAAGCCUUCGAGCCCUGCCAUCCUACUACUGCCCCUCCACCAUUGUCGUCCCUACCAUUCUACACUCCCUCGUCAACCCCAUCUUCACCCUCUCUACCCCCCUGGCGCUGAAGACCAAGUUUAUGCUCACAAGCGAAGUUGCGCCCAUGACUUUCUCUGCUGCCAAAUUCUUUGCCUCGUCAGUAGGGAUUCUCAUCAAGCUGCCCCUGGAGACCGUCCUCCGCCGAGGCCAACUCGCUGUGCUCUCCGAACCCGAGUACCUGGAAGCUCUCAAUGACGACGAACCAGCACUGGAGACCAUCGUGCCUAUUGGCAAGUACUAUGGUACUUUCGGAACCAUGUACCACAUUGUUACCGAGGAGGGUGCUCGAGAGAUUCCACCCAAGCCCGUAUUAAGUAAGCGCGGCAAAGUCAAGACCAAGAAUCUUCAGCCUACAUACAAGAAGGGCCAGGGUGUGGAAGGUCUCUGGAGAGGAUGGCGAAUCGGCUGGUGGGGCUUGGUCGGCCUUUGGAUGGCCAACAUGGUUGGGCACGGAGGAGAUGGCGAGUUCUAGACGACCAAGCGAAAACAGGAGGAGCCGAAAUGGCAUGUAUACCAGUGAAGACAAGGGGGGGAAAUGGAAAAGGAGGAGAGGAAUGGAGAGAUACCAGAACACCAUCUCCCGAUGACGACAGGACAAGGAAGAAGAAGAAGAAGAAAAUCUCCGCUUCAACGACUUUUAUGAUGGAACGACAACAUCAUGAUUAUACCUUCAUUCAUACGCAUACACGACUGGCUGCGAACACCAUCCGUUCUUUCUUUCUUUUAGAAAGCAGAGCAUUUAGUACUCCUUGGUUGCCUGAUUUAGGAUGUUUGCUCUGCCACUGUUAUAGCGUUGAAU